UGGGUAUAAAAUAACCGAGUGAAUGGUUUUUAUUCGUCAUUCGUCCACUGUUUUUACAGAUCGAACAAUUAUGAACUCCUUAGUAAUCUUCGCUGUUUGUUUGGCAGUAGCCUCCGCAGGUCUUGUUCCUGUGGCUCCACUCGCAAAGACAACAGUUGUAGAAGGUCCAAGUUCGAGUGCUUCGGUUGUAGGUCCCGAUGGAAGCGCAAUCGUUUCUGCUCAACCAGCCGGAAGAAUCGUAGCUCAUGAGAAUGUUGGUGCUGCCGCUGUUGGAUAUUCUGCUCCAUUUGUUGCAUCUCCAGUUGUACCUCAUGGAGUUGCUUACGCCCCUGCUCCAGUUGUAUCAUCAUACGGUUACGCCGCUGCCCCUGUUGUACCAUCUGUUGCUUACGCUUCAACUCCCUAUGGUGUUGCAAAAACUCUCGUUGCUUCACCAGUAACCGCUUCCGGGUAUCCAAUUUUAGCACCCGGAUCUGGUUUGGAAGGUCGAUGGAUUCCGGAUAUUAACGAAAAAUUAUACGACGAUGGAUCUUAUAAAGGAGAAAUUUAUUAAAAAAAAAGUUGUGAUUUCUUUAAUUUUGUAAAUAUGCAAUGACGAAUAAAA